AUCGGGCAGCGGGCUGGCGGCCGCGCCAUGAGCGCCGAGUGCAGCAGUUACCUCAACGCCGACAAGGUGCUGGUCAGCGGGUUCAGCUGCCCGCGGGCGGGCGGCGACGCCCGCGCCGUGUUCUGCUGCGGCUUCCAGGACGUCAAGUACUGCUGCGAUGACCCCCACAGCUUCUUCCCCUACGAGCACAGCUACAUGUGGUGGCUCAGUGUUGGAGCACUCGUGGGCCUGUCGAUAGCAGCAGUGGUCCUCUUUGCUUUUAUCAUCACUGUGUGCGUUCUCUGUUAUUUGUUUAUCAGCACCAAGCCACGCAGCAAACUGGAUCCUGGUUUAAGCUUACAGAUGGCAGAUAGUGAGGCCAGAGGAAGUUCGAUAUGUUAAAAACCAGASGCACUGAAUGGAUUCUAUCAAUGCUGUGAAGAAAAGAGAUAUACAGCUUCAUCCUUCACCCCACCAAAGCAAGCUGUUGACAGAGCCAAGUGGCUUCAAGUGAAUCCCCAAGCCACAAGGAUGGACUGUGACUGUGAGCCACRGGAACCUGACUCACUCUUCCAAAGGUGUUUCCUGGCUCUUACAACCACUGCCAGUAACCAGAGGCCAAGCUGAAGCUGUGYCAGGAUGUGUUUGUGUAUGGUUGCUGUACUGAAAAGUUGUGUGUUUUGAUUUGCACGUUAUCAGCUACUGCUGUCAGUCAUUUCCAUGCCAGUUGUUGUCUCUAUUCUGUGCAAUUCCAGUGAGAUAACACAGUUGUCAAGCAGAGCAGAAUUUGGCACACCAUGUUGACCAAGCUUUAUUUUAAKCUUUCCCCGUGUGCCAUCUCAGUGUGGUGUCUUCAUGUCAUAAACAUGGUUGUUUUUAGCCAAAUGUGACUGUUCAGUGCACAAACAAAUGUGAAUUCRGUACCUCAAUAAAAUAUGGCAUUAGUGUUGUAUUUUUCUUAAUUUAUCAUUUCCCCCCACCUUUGUUUCCUCAGAAGAUUCUCAUGAAUCUUAAAAUUAUUUUGAUGGCAGAAUUUUCUAACAAAAAGUGAAGUUAAUAAAGAGUGAAUUUUUGUAGUGAAGUUCAGAUUUUAACAGCUGUUUGCACUGGGAACGGUAUACACAGAAAUSAAUUGGAGUAAACAUUCACAGUUGUUUUGCAGAUUCUUCAUCAAAACAUGUUGGAAUAUUUCUUGUGAAGCAAACUAAAAUUUCCUAGUAGUAUUUCAGUCUGGAGCCCUAAUUUGUGAAGUGCUGAACUUCCUUCAGGUAAUCAAACAGCUCUAAUUGCACAUUUUAUUUCCCCAGAAGUCUUAAGAACAACCAACACAGUCUUAACUGUCAUAUUUGAGYUGUCAAUUCCUUCAAGCUUUCAGUCUUGAAAUCAUGAACAUUAAUGAUAAUGRUUUCUUUUUAUCUUGUGAGGGUUCUUUAAGGUAAGCAAUCAAAAGAAUUUCAAAACUGUUUAAGCAUGCUGUUGAUAUUAAGGCAGUAGAUGGAUUAUACCUUCCAUUUGCAGAUGAGGCCUAAAAUAUUUACCUACCAUGUCAGUUUUGCCUGUGGUUAUAUUUCAACUUAUUAAGAYAAAAUCUUUGUCUGCUGUUUGGGAGUGACAUCUUUUUGUGUGAUAGUGCUUGAAAUUUAAACUCUGUAGCUGUCUGGUAUUAUGCAUCAAAACCCCUAAGUGCUUCUGAUCUCMUCUGCUCUUGUGUGAAAUAUCACACCAGUGCUUCCACAUGAAGUAGAGAAUGUGGUGUAUGUUCUGUCUGCAUACAAUAUCUCACUAAAAUGGUAUUUGCCGCUGAGGACUUUGAGAAAAUUAGAACCACACUGAAUGCACAAAAAAAAAAUUUAGAACAGCAGGACAUAAACCAUGAUCUUCCAGCCUCACAGCUUUCUUGACUGGGACUGUCAAAGAGCAGAAGGGAAAAGGAUUUAUGAGUUUUGCCUUCUGGUUUCCUUGGAGGAUACCAGCCAUGAGAUAAACCUUCUGGAAGCAUAUGCUUCAUUUUGAACCACCAAUAAAAGAUUUAUGGAAGAUGAAAAAAAAAGUUUAUUUAAGUUAUUUUGACUUCAUACACACUUGGGUCAGCACUUCUUUAAUUUUUAAAUUUUAAAGAUACUUAAAAGUAACAAGAUAAACUCAAUAUUUUGAAUGU